CAUUCGCAAACACACAUUCCCAUGAAGCCGCUGCUCUGCCCCUUCCUCUCUCUAUCUGGGGCCUGUCUCAUACUAGGCUGGCCAAGCACCUAGUGGUUUCCCUGGAACUGGCCCUGUGAAGAAAGGGAAUCUCCUGCGAUGAAUGAGGUCCUAGUGAAAGAGCAGGUCUGUCUCUGUCUGCUGAGUCACUGCAAGCUGGAAGGAGCACUAGGCUAGCGGAGCAGACGACAGCAGAGAACCAUGACCUACCGGCUGUUUGAGGAGAAACACCAUGCCUCCAUCUACCAGAGGUACCGCUUUGUACCGCCAGAGGAGAUCAGAGAAAUCAUCCUGCAUUACCUGGAAAGGAAGAAAGUCCAGCCUCAUGCCCUAGUUGGGACGGGGCAGAACUCACACCUGCUGGCCCCACACUUCCAGGAAGUGGUGGGCAUCGACAUUAGCGAGUGCCAACUGGAGGCCAGGGCAGUGGCAGGGUUCAACAUCACCUACAGGAAAGGGACAGCUGAGGAGCUGCCGUUUCCGGAUGCUUCUGGGGACCUACUGACUGCAGCCUCAGCGGCCCAUUGGUUUGACCAGCAGCGGUUCCUCUUGGAGGCAGGCCGGGUCCUGAAGCCUUGUGGCUGCAUGGCUCUGCUUGGCUUUGCUGAUAACUUCAGACUCCAUUAUGGCUCAUGUGGGGACAGACUUACUGACAUCUAUGGAGGUCACAAACAGAACUAAAAUGACAUUUGUUUUUAUGGUGACAAACCAAUGCCACUUAAUCGGUUUAGUGUGUCAUAUGUUUAUUUUCAGUUGGUUAUAAGUACAGUUGUUUUCAUGUAAAGAAUGCUUAUUUAUUCAGACAUUUUUUAUUAAAAUUUUUUAUUUCACCUUUA